UGCGAGUCGCUGAAAAACCGUCUUAAAAUGACUGGAUCUACUUUUUUAUUGAUGUUAUGCUGUUUUGUUUUUCAAGUUGAGGUAUUUCAAGGAAAGGUAACCUUCGUUGUCCAUAUCGAUGCAGUGAAAAGCGAUGGACGACUCAACGGUGGUGCCUGUUGUCAGAGUGUAUCUGAGACAAACUGUACCAAACUGUGUAAACCCGUCCUCACUGUAUGCCUUAGGAACAGAAGCUAUCUUUGUCUGACCAGCUUUACCACGACACUUGAUAUGAUACGAAAUGAUGUUGUGUAUGGAUUAAAAGUUGGGAAUACAACUAAUCCUCAAUAUCUGGAAGUCGAUAGCUGGAGUAAACAUGGAAACAAGAUCUCAGUUACCGUGAGAGAUCUACAAACAUCCUCUCGGCCACUCAUCUACAAGACAGAGUUCUCUGACGUCAACCUAAGGAUAGGUCACAACAUAUUGUCUCAGAACUGGCAGCAGAAGAAGUUGGUAGCAAAUUAUUUCAGCGACAAAAAUAGAUUUAGAAUUCAGAUUUCAUACAAAGCUUACUGUUCUGAAGGUUACUAUGGACUAAACUGCUCAGUUCACUGUCCCGGUAAUCCAAACAAAUGUGUUGUUGAUGGACGCACCUACUGUAAAACGGGAUGGACUGGUCAUAACUGUGACCAGGAUGUCAAUGAAUGCAAUGCAAGAUAUUUCUGCAGCCGGGGAACAUGUACAAACACUGUUGGUAGUUUCCACUGUACCUGCCAUGCUUCUGUCUACGGUUUAAAUUGUCAUCUUGAUGCGGAUGAGUGUCUGAUGGAACCUUGCAAGGGAGGAGAGUGCAUAAAUAAAAUCGGUAGUUAUGAAUGUCAUUGUCGAAAUGGAAUAUCAGGGAAAAACUGUGAAACAUUGAUUGGUACUACCUGUGACGGUAUUUCUUGUAGCAACAAUGGAUAUUGUACCAUUAGUAAUAGAAAACCUGUGUGUCGUUGCAAUUCCGGUUAUUCUGGAACAGACUGUUUCGACAGAGAUGUUUGCUUUAACAAUUUGUGUCAAUAUAAUUCAACAUGUGUUAACUAUCGAUCAACUUAUACCUGUCAAUGUCCAAAGGGUUAUACCGGAAAAUAUUGUGAUCAAAUUGACUAUUGUGUCAGCCGUCCGUGUGAAAAUGCUGGAAUCUGUGUCAAUAAUGUUUCAAGUUUCUCAUGCAGAUGCGUAGAUAAUUUCAUUGGCCCAAACUGUAAUACCUACAAACUCUGCGUGGGUAAAAGUUGUACUGGACACGGAGUCUGUUUGCCGCAAUACAAUGGGUACGAUUGCAACUGUUCUCAGGGAUACGUAGGCAAGGAUUGCGAAUCUACCGACUUCUGUUUUGGUAAGAUUUGUAGCAAAAACGGGGUGUGCAUUAGUGGAACUAAUGACUAUACAUGCAAUUGCAAUAAAACUUUUAUGGGCAAAGACUGUGAAACGGUUAAUCAUUGUUAUGAUAGGAACUGUUCUAACCAUGGAACAUGUAAAAACAACAAUAAUACAUACAGCUGUUCCUGUAAUCCGGGAUACACUGGGACAAAUUGUGAACACACUUAUUGUUACAAUAAUGGAUGUCAGAAUGGCGCAACUUGUCUCAGUGGAAACUCUAACUACACAUGCAUCUGUGCUGAUGGUUUCAUAGAUAAUCAUUGUCAAACACGGGAUUAUUGUCAUCAUCAAAAUUGCAACAGCCACGGUCGAUGUCAGAAUGAAACAUCGAAUUUUACCUGUCAAUGUCAACCAGAAUAUCGGGGAACAAACUGUGAACUAACAAACGACUGUUAUAGUAACCCGUGUUUACAUGGAACAUGCUCCAACACGAAUACCGGUUAUAACUGUUCAUGUUCUACAGGAUAUGUAGGUACAAAUUGUAAUGUACUCGAUCAUUGCUAUAACCAAAAUUGUUCAUUCCACGGUUCCUGUCAUAACAAAAUUAAUAACUACGAAUGUCGAUGUAUUGGCGGUUAUAUAGGUACAGACUGUGAAAUAACAGAUCAAUGUUACAAGAUAGACUGUUCAAAUCAUGGUACAUGUCAUAACAACAACAAUAAAUACAAAUGUACAUGUAAUCCAGGAUACACUGGGACAAAUUGUGAACACACUUAUUGUUACAAUAAUGGGUGUCAAAAUGGCGCUACGUGUCUUAAUGGAAACUCUAGCUAUACGUGUAACUGUGUUGAUGGUUUCCAUGGAAAUCGUUGUCAAACACGAAAUAAUUGUUCUAUUGAUAUGUGUAACGGACAUGGAAUUUGUGUGAAUAAUACAGGAGGAAAUUAUACAUGUUUAUGUGAAAACGGAUGGGAAGGGUCACAAUGCGAGGAAAAUAUCAACGAAUGUCUAUCAAGCCCUUGCAAGAAUAACGGAAAAUGCGUAGACAAAAUUAAUGGUUAUAGUUGUUCAUGUUCUAAGUAUUGGAAAGGGGACUCGUGCCAGGAGGAUGUUAACGAAUGUAGGUACUCUCCAUGUGGAUUAUACGGGACUUGUGUGAAUAGUGAAGGCAACUUUUCGUGUUUAUGUGGCCCUUUCUGGACAGGCAAACACUGUGAAAAUCGUGUCAAAUUGUGUUCUUUUAUGCCAUGCAAAAACAACGCUACUUGCGUUGACCUAGAGGAUACAUAUCACUGUCAGUGCAACGACAAAUUCAAAGGUCGACAUUGCGACAUUGAUAUUGAUGAGUGUUUAGUGUCUCCUUGUAAAAAUGGCGGCAGUUGCUUAAAUACACAUGGGUCAUACGUCUGCAAAUGCUCUGGGCAAAUAACUGGUUUUAACUGCGAGCAUAUGAUAAAUGACCAUAUUUAAUUUUGCAUCCAUACAUGCUAGC